GGUGAGCCCUAGCCCCCACCCCCAGGAGCUGGAGGCGUGUGGGGGGCGUGGGGGCUGAGGCUAAGGAUGGCUCCGGGUGCCUUGGCGGCAGAGGAGGCCUCCCUGCGUUCCAACGCGCUGUCCUGGCUGGCCUGUGGGCUCCUGGCCCUGCUGGCCAACGCCUGGAUCAUCCUCAGCAUCUCGGCCAAGCAGCAGAAGCACAAGCCGCUGGAGCUGCUGCUCUGCUUCCUGGCGGGCACACAUAUCCUCAUGGCUGCCGUGCCCCUCACCACCUUCGCUGUGGUGCAGCUGCGGCGCCAGGCGUCCUCCGAUUACGACUGGAACGAGAGCAUCUGCAAGGUCUUCGUGUCUACCUACUACACGCUGGCCCUGGCCACCUGCUUCACCGUCGCCUCCCUCUCCUACCACCGCAUGUGGAUGGUGCGCUGGCCCGUCAACUAUCGCCUCAGCAAUGCCAAGAAGCAGGCACUGCACGCCGUCAUGGGCAUCUGGAUGGUCAGCUUCAUCCUCUCCACGCUGCCCUCCAUUGGCUGGCACAACAAUGGCGAGCGCUACUAUGCUCGCGGCUGCCAGUUCAUCGUCUCCAAGAUCGGCCUGGGCUUCGGCGUCUGCUUCAGUCUCCUUCUCCUUGGAGGCAUCGUCAUGGGGCUGGUCUGCGUGGCCAUCACCUUCUACCAGACGCUGUGGGCUCGGCCCCGGAGGGCUCGGUUAGCCCGGAGAGCUGGGAGCCGCAGCGGGGCCAGGGCGGGGGGGCCGGGAGGCUUGGGGGGCCGGGCUGCUUUUGAGGUGCCAGCCAUCGUGGUGGAGGAUGCCCGAGGGAAGCGACGGUCCUCACUGGAUGGCUCUGAGUCUGCCAAGACAUCCCUGCAGGUCACCAACUUGGUCAGCGCCAUCGUCUUCCUCUACGACUCGUUAACAGGGGUGCCCAUCUUGGUGGUAAGUUUCUUCUCACUCAAGUCAGACUCGGCCCCUCCGUGGAUGGUGCUGGCGGUGCUGUGGUGUUCCAUGGCGCAGACACUGCUGUUGCCGUCUUUCAUCUGGUCCUGCGAACGCUACCGUGCCGACGUGCGCACCGUGUGGGAGCAGUGUGUGGCCAUCAUGUCUGAGGAGGACGGCGAUGAGGAUGGGGGCUGUGAUGACUAUGCUGAUGGCCGCCUUUGCAAAGUUCGCUUCGAGGCUAAUGGGGCCACAGGAGCAGGGGGCCGGGAUCCCACCCAGGUGAAGCUGCUGCCUGGAAGACACAUGCUCUUUCCCCCUCUCGAGAGAGUCCAUUAUUUACAGGUCCCUCUGUCUCGACGUCUGUCCCACGAUGAAACCAACAUCUUCUCCACUCCUCGGGCACCAGGCUCCUACCUUCACAAGUGGUCAUCCUCCGAUGACAUCCGGGUCCUUCCAGCACAGAGCCGGGCCCUUGGAGGCCCUCCUGAGUACCUGGAACAGAGACACCGGCUGGAGAAUGAGGAGGAUGAGGACGAAGAAGAGGCUGAAGGUGGAGGGCUGGCCAGCCUUCGCCAGUUCUUGGAGAGUGGAGUUCUAGGGGGGCCUGGUGGGGGACCCCCGCGGGGACCUGGCUUCUUCCGGGAGGAGAUCACCACAUUUAUUGACGAGACGCCUCUGCCUUCUCCAACAGCCUCUCCGGGCCCUUCUCCACGCAGGCCCCGGCCUCUGGGCCCCUCACCCCGCCGGCUGUCUCUGGGCUCUCCAGAGAGCCGGGAGGUGGGACUUCCGCUGGGGUUUGGUGGCGGCAGGCGCUGUUCCCUGACGGGAGGGGAGGGCACCAUAAGGGUCUGGGGAGGCUCUUGGGGUCCGGGCAACCCUGUCUUCUCCCAGCUGACUCUGUGAGCCCACUUGGGCACUGCUGGGCUCAGUGGACGGGUCCUGGGUCGGUAACUCCUUGCAGUGGGCCCGGGUGUCCCCAAGCCAGACUCUGGGGAGCUGGGACUCGGAACCAGUGGGGCACAGUCAAGCCCUGCUCCAACUCCCAUCC